AUGUCGUUUGUCAACAGUGACAGCGACAACAACAGCUUCGGAUCGCGCAACAGCAUCCGCACCCGGCGGUCGCGGUCGGGACGUCGCAUCUAUCCGAGAGGGAACGAUGACUAUAUGAUGCCUCAGGAUCCCAUUCCGUUUCGCCCACGGAAGCUGGUGAAGCACCAGACGCCGCAAGAGGCGAUUGAUGAGUUUUGGGCAAAGUUUACGACAAAGGCGCCUGGCAAAGCGACGACUGUGAUACCGCAGAAUCCAUACACUGCCAAGGUCGCUCGGAAGAAUGCCAAGGCUGCAUCCUCGUCAACAACCACUCAAGCAUCUUACGAAACCGCGGCGGCUAUGUGCCGGGCCAAGGUCGAAAAGAUUGUCCAGGAGUGCCGUCGAGUCAACAAAAGGUACCGAGAUCCGCACUUUGACCUCGAGGCUGACCUGAAGCUCUGUCGUCGUGAUUGCCUGGAAUCGCUCUCCAACUUUGAACCGCUCGACAACCCGGGAAAGGACUUUCGGCCUGGGAGCGCCAAACGCGUCGUGGAGAUAUUUGACAAGCCGCAGUUUUACAUCGAGGGCCCGACGGCUAACGACGUGAGGCAGGGGAGAGAUGGGGACUGCUGGCUCAUGUCGGCGUUGUGUACGCUGAGCAACAAGAAGGGGCUGAUUGAGAAGCUGUGCGUGGCGCAUGAUCAGGAUGUUGGUGUGUAUGGGUUUGUCUUUUACAGGGACGGAGAGUGGAUUUCCGAGAUUGUGGAUGAUUUUCUCUAUCUCACCAAGUCCGACUACGAUGAGAAGCAUUGGGAGCGAGUCCUCUUUGACGAGCUGGAGCGUGUUAAUCCGGAAGAAGCCUACCGCAAGGUGUACCAGUCCAACAGCAGUGCUCUGUAUUUUGCUCAGUGUCAACAUCCGCAAGAGACUUGGCUGCCGCUUCUUGAAAAGUGUUAUGCAAAGGCUCAUGGAGACUACGCUGCGAUCGAAGGCGGUUAUGGCGGCGAAGGCAUUGAGGAUCUCACUGGCGGAGUCACCUCUGAGAUUUUCACCACCGACAUUCUCGACAAGGAGUAUUUCUGGAAGGAGGAGCUGCUCAAGGUAAACCAAGAUUUUCUCUUUGGUUGCAGCACGGGCGUCUGGGGGGUGAAUUGGGGUGAGCGAAAGGGGAUUCUUGAGCUUCAUUCUUACUCCAUCCAGAAAGCUGUGGACAUUGACGGCAACCGAUUACUUCGACUGAAAAAUCCAUGGGGCAAAGGAGAAUGGAAAGGACCUUGGAGUGACGGCUCCAAGGAAUGGACUCCUGAAUGGCUCGAGAAGCUGGAUCAUCGAUUUGGCGACGACGGAGACUUUUGGAUCGCCUACGAGGACUUGCUGCAAAAAUACCAAGCCUUUGAGAGGACUCGCCUUUUUGAUGAGACGUGGCAGGUAUCUCAAAUCUGGACCACUGUCAACGUUCCCUGGAUGUUGGACUAUCACGACACUCAUUUUUCUUUAAGCAUUACCAAACCCGGUCCAGUCGUCAUCGUACUGGCGCAGUUAGAUGACCGAUAUUUCCGUGGACUUCAUGGCCAAUACAGGUUUGAGCUGGCGUUUCGCGUCCAUAAAGCUGGUCAUGAGGAUUAUCUCGUUCGCAGCCAGGCGCCAUAUCGCAUGAGGCGCUCUGUCAAUGUCGAACUCGACCUGGAGGCAGGCGAGUAUGAUAUUCGUGUCAAGAUUGAUGCGACUCGUAUGGACAGAAUCUUGCCAAUUGAGACAGUGAUCCGAAAUAAUGCCAAGAAGCGACGAGAGAAGCUGACCCGUAUCGGUCUCGCUUACGAUCUCGCACAUAGCAAAGGCAAGAUCGUGGAAGGUCCAGAAGAGAAGGCUGCAAGAGAAGCACAUGCGAAGCGCGUCAAGGACAAAGAGCAGCGUGAGCUCAAAGCGAAAAUUCUUGAACGUCGAAGAGAUGACCACCAUCUCAACGUUAAACAGCUAUCGAGGAUCCAGAGACGUGAAAAGAAGCGAAAGGAAAAGCAAAAGGCAAAGGAUACCGAAAGAAGGCUCAGACUCAAGAAAGGCGACAAGGAAAUAGACAAACCUCACGAAGACGAUGGUGAACGACGUGACCAGUCAGACGACAACCAUGCAGUGCCAUCUUCUCUUAACGGAGCAGGAGCAUCAAAGACGAAAAAGAGAGGUCCAAAAUCUAUCCCACCGGCAGAUAGAGUAGGCCGGUCAAUUUCUCAGGGCGAUCCACCACCAAGCUCGUCAUACUAUGAAUCCGAGAGUGACGGUGGCCUUAUAAGUAUCGCAUCACUCUCUGAACUUUCUGACCAUGAGAUGGACUUGCAAGUCAAAGCCUUUAUGAACAACCAGUUGAACAAACCCGUCAUCGUGACCCCGCCAUCUCUGAGGUUCGAAGACGAGCUUGAUGAGUUUGAAAGAGACCCCUGGAACGCGGUUGUCGUGGUUGGACUGCGAGUCUACCACCAGGUUGAUGAGGAAGACAAAGCCAAGGAAGUCAUUACGCUAAAGGUGGUGCGUCCUAACCCGUAUGCCGAUUCCGAAGAUGAGGAUACAGCUACGGAGGAAGAUGCCAAAGAAACACAGGACUCUAAAAGCAAAGGCUUGGAUGUCGAUGACAGCGCCAAGGAUGCGACACUGGAAGGCGGAGUCAAAGAUAGGAAGAAGAGUAUUGUGGGAAAUGGCGAGGUGCAGUAG